GGUGGGGGGGGAGGGUGGUAGGUGGAGAAAGAAGACAUUGCCGCCACCGAAGGCAGAGGAGGGGGAGGACCGCCAAGAGCGACGCCGCCGUGUGCCCAACGGUCGGUGUCCCCGGCUGAGGCAGCGCGGCCGCAGCAGCCCUGUUUGAUCUGUGGAUGAAAUGAAUCAUGAUUUUCAAGCUCUUGCAUUAGAAUCUCGGGGAAUGGGAGAGAUGCAGAAAAGAGUCCAAGUCUCUCCUUUGGGCCACAAGAGGGCACCCUGCAGCUAGCUAACCCUCCCCUUCUUCAGAACAGCGUUUUCCAAAGAGUAUGUCAUUUUCAAAGGACUGAUUUAAGGCUUUUGCCUACCAAAAAGUUUUGGGAACCUGAUGAUUCAACAAAAGAUGGACAAAAAGGCAUAUUUCUUGGGGAUGAUGAAUGGAGAGAGACUGCAUGGGGAACUUCUCACCAUUCAAUGUCCCAGCCUAUUAUGGUACAGAGAAGAUCUGGACAGGGUUUUCAUGGAAACAGUGAAGUAAAUGCAAUACUGUCUCCGCGAUCAGAAAGUGGAGGCCUUGGUGUGAGCAUGGUAGAAUAUGUAUUAAGUUCUUCUCCUGCUGAUAAAUUGGAUUCUCGAUUUAGGAAGGGAAAUUUUGGCACUAGAGAUGCUGAAACAGAUGGACCUGAGAAAGGAGAUCAAAAAGGCAAGGCUUCUCCAUUUGAGGAGGACCAAAACAGAGAUCUUAAACAAGGAGAUGAUGAUGAUUCUAAAAUAAAUGGCAGAGGUUUGCCAAAUGGAAUGGAUGCCGAUUGCAAAGAUUUUAAUCGUACUCCUGGAAGUCGUCAAGCCUCUCCAACUGAAGUAGUUGAGCGCUUGGGCCCCAAUACUAAUCCCUCAGAAGGACUGGGGCCUCUUCCUAAUCCUGCAGCUAAUAAACCACUUGUUGAAGAAUUUUCAAAUCCUGAAACUCAGAAUCUGGAUGCCAUGGAACAAGUUGGUCUGGAAUCCUUACAGUUUGACUAUCCUGGUAAUCAGGUACCAAUGGACUCUUCAGGAGCUACUGUAGGCCUUUUUGACUACAAUUCCCAGCAGCAGCUCUUUCAGAGGACUAAUGCACUAACAGUUCAACAGUUAACUGCAGCUCAACAGCAGCAAUAUGCAUUAGCAGCAGCUCAGCAGCCACAUAUAGCUGGUGUAUUCUCAGCAGGCCUUGCUCCAGCUGCAUUUGUGCCAAAUCCAUACAUUAUUAGUGCUGCUCCUCCAGGGACCGAUCCGUAUACUGCAGCAGGAUUGGCUGCAGCAGCUACAUUAGCAGGUCCAGCAGUGGUUCCACCUCAGUAUUACGGCGUUCCAUGGGGGGUGUAUCCAGCCAACUUAUUUCAGCAGCAAGCUGCAGCUGCGGCAAAUAACACAGCCAAUCAGCAAGCAGCAUCACAAGCUCAGCCUGGACAGCAACAGGUUCUCCGUGCUGGAGCAGGUCAGCGUCCUCUUACUCCCAAUCAGGGUCAGCAAGGGCAGCAAGCAGAAUCACUUGCGGCAGCUGCAGCAGCAAAUCCAACUUUGGCUUUUGGUCAGGGUCUUGCUACUGGCAUGCCAGGCUAUCAAGUAUUAGCUCCAACUGCCUAUUAUGAUCAGACUGGUGCCUUAGUGGUUGGCCCUGGAGCAAGGACUGGCCUUGGAACUCCAGUUCGGUUAAUGGCUCCAACACCUGUUUUAAUUAGUUCAGCAGCAGCACAAGCUGCAGCGGCAGCAGCAGCUGGAGGAACUGCAAGUAGCCUUACAGGCAGCACAAAUGGUCUGUUUCGGCCAAUUGGCACUCAGCCACCACAGCAGCAGCAGCAACAGCAGCCAAGCACUAAUCUGCAAUCUAAUUCAUUUUAUGGAAGCAGUUCUUUGACUAAUAGCUCCCAGAGUAGUUCUUUAUUUUCUCAUGGACCUGGUCAACCUGGAAGUACAUCUCUUGGCUUUGGAAGUGGUAACUCUUUGGGUGCUGCUAUAGGCUCAGCCCUCAGUGGAUUUGGUUCAUCAGUUGGCAGUUCUGCAAGUAGUAGUGCCACAAGGAGAGAGUCUCUAUCUACUAGCUCUGACUUGUACAAAAGAUCUAGUAGCAGCCUAGCACCCAUAGGGCAACCAUUUUACAAUAGUCUGGGAUUUUCCUCCUCUCCAAGUCCAAUAGGCAUGCCUCUGCCAAGCCAAACUCCAGGACAUUCACUUACGCCACCGCCAUCACUUUCAUCACAUGGAUCCUCAUCCAGUUUGCAUUUAGGAGGACUGACAAAUGGUAGUGGUCGAUAUAUCUCUGCAGCACCUGGAGCAGAAGCAAAAUAUCGAAGUGCUUCAAGCACUUCGAGUCUAUUUAGCUCCAGCAGCCAGCUCUUUCCUCCUUCCCGGCUUCGGUAUAAUAGGUCUGAUAUUAUGCCUUCUGGCCGCAGUAGAUUAUUGGAAGAUUUCAGAAACAACCGCUUCCCGAACCUUCAACUUAGAGACUUGAUUGGACAUAUAGUUGAGUUUUCUCAAGACCAGCAUGGUUCUAGAUUCAUACAGCAAAAGUUAGAGAGAGCUACUCCAGCUGAGCGACAGAUGGUAUUUAAUGAAAUUCUGCAAGCAGCCUAUCAAUUAAUGACUGAUGUUUUUGGCAACUAUGUUAUACAGAAGUUUUUUGAGUUUGGGAGUCUGGAUCAAAAAUUAGCCCUGGCUACUCGUAUUCGUGGUCAUGUUCUACCCUUAGCCUUGCAGAUGUAUGGCUGCCGCGUUAUUCAGAAAGCAUUAGAAUCUAUUUCUUCUGACCAGCAGGUAAUUAGUGAAAUGGUAAAGGAGCUGGAUGGUCAUGUGCUCAAAUGUGUGAAAGAUCAGAAUGGAAACCAUGUUGUACAAAAAUGUAUCGAAUGUGUUCAGCCACAGUCACUGCAGUUCAUCAUUGAUGCUUUCAAGGGACAAGUAUUUGUGCUUUCAACUCAUCCUUAUGGCUGUAGAGUAAUUCAGCGCAUCCUAGAGCACUGCACUGCAGAACAGACCUUACCUAUCUUAGAAGAACUCCACCAACAUACAGAGCAGUUGGUACAGGAUCAGUAUGGCAAUUAUGUUAUUCAGCAUGUACUGGAACACGGUCGACCUGAAGACAAGAGCAAAAUUGUUUCCGAAAUCAGAGGAAAGGUUUUAGCCCUGAGUCAACACAAAUUUGCCAGCAAUGUAGUAGAAAAGUGUGUUACUCAUGCCUCCCGUGCUGAGAGAGCUUUACUGAUUGACGAGGUUUGCUGCCAGAAUGAUGGUCCUCACAGUGCCUUAUACACCAUGAUGAAGGACCAGUAUGCCAAUUAUGUGGUUCAAAAGAUGAUUGAUAUGGCUGAACCUGCUCAAAGAAAGAUAAUCAUGCACAAGAUUCGACCUCACAUUACUACUUUGCGCAAAUACACAUACGGGAAGCAUAUACUGGCCAAGUUGGAAAAGUAUUAUUUGAAGAAUAGCCCAGACCUAGGACCUAUUGGAGGACCACCAAAUGGAAUGCUGUAAAUUACAGGAGCACGAGAAAGAAGAUAAUUUAACCAUGUGAAAAGAAUUUUUUUGUGUGUGAAUUAUCAAAACACAACUCAACUAUGAAUCUUCAAUUUUUUUUUAAAGCAAAACUAUUUAUUGACUUUAUUCAUCCAUUUGUAAAUUUUUUAAGGUUCUUGUGUAUAUUUGGGGGGUGGGGGAUGAAUUAUAAAUUAUAUUCAGCCCUGAGUGGAGACCUAUCAGAUUGGAUUGCUGGCAAAGCACAGAAUGCCUGUAUAUGAUGUAACUGUAUCAAAAAUAAAAAGCUGUCACAUAUUUUGUAAAUUUUUACCUUGUAAAGUCACAAAAAUAGUUUUUAAAGGAAAAAGUACAGUAUUCUUUUAAUAAACUGGCUCACAGUCUGGUAGGUCUGCAACCCCAUAGCACAACAGGUUUAUAGAGAUGUAUAUAGAAUUAUAGUCCUUAUUUUUUUUCCUUUGCGUGAAACCUUUUAUAACAGAUUAACAAUCAACUGCAUAAAUAUUAUUAAUAUUUUAAAAAGUUAAGUUGUAUUUUGAUAAUUCACAAACUAUCAUGCAAAUAACGAGCAAGUAAGACAAGAAUAAAGUGGUUUGAGAUGAAAAGAACUUAACAUUAUUUACAGUAGAUGUGGUUUUAAUACAAUUACUGCCCUAAAAUGUCUCUGGCAAUGUACAGAAAUAUUGUAUAUACUUACAUAUGUCAUUGUUGUAAGAGUUAAGAAUACAAAAUCAUGGUGACACUUCCAAUUUAGUGCACUAAAUGAAAAGUUAAGUCACUAACUUUUCAGUUUGGUUUGCAAUGAGAAAGAGUGGAAAUUUGUAUUUUGUUUUGCUUAUAGAAUUACAGACUUAUUGAGGAAGUGUUGAGCUUUAUUUUGCUUUUUCAUAGAGGCAGAAAGUAGGAACCAGAUAGAGAUGAAAAGGGGCCACUGAAAAGUGAAUUUGAUAGCUCAGCAUUUAAGCAUGAUUACAUAUUCAGAUAGCUCUUUUUGCUUUCUAUAAAUAUAUGCAUUGUGUGUGUAGUAAUAGAUGUAAGUUUACACUUUGAAAGGAAAUCUUGUUUCAAUGUUUAUUAUAAAAGCCUUGCUAAUUUAGUAGUGAUGCUUUCCUUGGUUGUACAGGUGUACAUUUGUAAACCUUCAUGCUGUAAAUGGAAUUUGUUUUAUCUCUUUGGGAUACAUUUGCAUUUUAGUGUACAUUUACGUCCCUGCCCUCUUUGACCUGGCAAUAUAGUGUUGUAUAAUGUAAAUUUAUUUCUCCAAAUCGAGAGUGAUUUUUUAAAAAUUUUUUAUCUUUAUAUGGUUUCAGAAGUAUGAACCAGCUUUCUUUUUAUUAUUGUGAGAUCAUUUUGUUUUAUAACAUAGUUGUUGACUGUUAAUAUGGACACGCUAGAAUUUGGAUCACUUUCAAUUGAAGUCAGGGUAUUGUGCAUAAUAGAAAGUAUUGGACUGAGAUAUUUGGUUACCAUGGAGGCCAAUGCUUUUUUCAUCUUAUUAAAUGUGAUGUGACUUUUUUCUUUGUACAGAAGAGUACUGUAUUUUUGAAUAGCCUACUCCCAAGUAAGAGCAAAUCUGUAUGAUAACAUUUUUUUCUCUGGACAUAAGACAUAACAGUAACACGAUGUACAUUUACAAGCGGCCUUAUGUACAUUUCCCAACAAUCUUUUUAAGGCAAAAUUGUGACCAUAUGUGUAUAAUUAAAAUCGUUUUUAAUCCUUUGCCUAUGAAAAUAUUUUGGAAAAAAACUUGCUGUGUAUAUUCAGUUUCUGAAAGAUAAAGAAAGUGCUUUGUAUUUUGUUGAAGUCAGUAUUUUGUAUAAACAUUUAUGUUGACCCAGUUAUGUUUAGUGCUGAAAACUAAAAUGAACAUGCUAUCUCUGUCAGCUGAAUAUGGAAGAAAUCUUUUUUACUAGAGAUCUGCAGAAGAAAAGCAAUCUUCUGAGCACAAUAUGGAAUCUAAAGGUUUUAUCACUUAUUCAUAUUAUGAACCUAAAAAUAAUGGCAUAAAGUUUGGGGCUGCCAGGCAUACUUUUUCAUGUUUGGUGUUUAGUUAUUUUAGCUUUCUAACCCAACAUUCCUUGGUGAGGCCAUUAAAUCCAAACACUUGUCUCCGUUCCUUCUCAUGGUCACACUGGGUCAUCAGCAUGCCCCAGUCACUGCAGCAACGCCUUGGUGUGUGUUUGUUUCAUUUUUUUAAAACCCACACAAAGCCACUCUCACUUUUUCCUACAUUACCAACCUCAGAGUAUUUCAGCCCAUGUCGAACUUUUGUUCUCGGUAUCAGCCCAUGGUUUUAGGAUCAAAGCUGUCAUGUUGGAGAUUGGUAACGGCUUUCCUGUCUUUGUACAGCUGAAUUCUUAGUCUUCCUUCAUCCUUGCCCUCUGUUGGCACAGGCAUUAUCUGCAAUUGUAGAAAAUGACAAGUAGAGAUACUACAUUGAGAAACUAAACCCUGUCCUUGGGGUCCUGAUACUCCCAUGUGUCCCAGUGCUGACAACCCAGUCUUCCCAGUACUUUCAGGCCUGCUCUACAAAAAUACCUUUCUUGUAGAAAUUUUACAGUCUGCCAUUUUGGGUGCCCACCCCAAUUUUUACCUUUUAGUAAGUUCGCAUGAAAUUUUGGUAAAAUCUGAAAAUCACAUUUCAGAAUAAAGAAACAAUUGGGCAGAAACUACCUAGGCUUUACUCUUGAGUGUCUCCUUUUGAUAGGGAUUGUUUCUGGACCAGUUUGUCUAAGUCCUGGCUCUUAUUGGUUCAUAUGAAAUAAUGUUAACUUCACUUCUUUGUAUAUUAUGUAUAAAUUAGAAAAUGAAAAAUGUGUGAAUAACAUUGUAUGAAAUAAACCUGGUCUUGUGUUUUUCUCUAGAU